AUGGCUCCUGGAGGGAACCAGAGCAGUGGUGUAACAGAGUUCAUCCUGGCAGGUUUCCCAAAUCUCAACAGCACAAAAGCAGAACUGUUUUCUGUCUUCCUUCUUGUCUAUCUGCUGACUCUAACAGGCAAUGUGUUGAUUGUCAGGGUGGUGGGAGCUGAUAUUCGCUUGCAGACUCCCAUGUACUUCUUUCUGGGUAACUUGUCCUGCCUAGAGAUCCUGCUCACUGUCAUCAUUCCCAAGAUGCUGAGCAAUUUUCUCUCGAGGGAACACACUCUUUCCUUUGCUGCAUGUAUUACCCAAUUCUAUCUCUACUUCUUUCUUGGGGCCUCUGAGUUCCUGCUGUUGGCUGUCAUGUCUGUGGAUUGCUACCUGGCCAUCUGUCACCCUCUACACUAUACUUUGCUCAUGAAUGGGGCUGUGCGCUUUUGGCCGGCCUUGGCCUGCUGGAUCGGGGGACUCCUCCCUGUGCUUGGCCCUACAGUGGCUGUGGCCUUGCUUCCUUUCUGUGAACAGGAUGCUGAAGUGUAGCACUUCUUCUGUGACAGUGGCCCACUGCUCCACCUGGCAUGCACCAAAACCAAGGAACUGGAUGAAACUGACUUUGUCCUGGCUUCUCUUGUCAUCAUAGCCUCACUGAUGAUUACUGCCCUGUCCUAUGGCCACAUAGUCCUGGCUGUCCUGUGCUUCCGCUCUGCUUCAGGCCAUCAGAAGGCAUUCUCUGACUGUACUUCCCACCUGAUGGUGGUGACCCUCUUCUAUGGAAGUGCCAUUUUUCUCUAUGUACGGCCAUCACAGAGUGGCUCUGUGGAUACAAACUGGGCAGUGACAAUGGUAACAACAUUUGUGACACUGCUGCUGAACCCAUUCAUCUAUGCUUUACGCAAUGAGCGAGUCAAGGAAGCUUUGAAGGACAUAUUUAGGAAGGCAGUGGCAGGAUUUCGGGGGGAUCUUUUACUUGCUAUGAGUUUCAAUAAGAAAACAGUGAGGUGGAAGUGA